UGCCGAAAAGCAUCAUGUUCACUAUUCUUACGUGGCAGUAUAUCUUGCCGCCUUUACAAUACGUGUAAGAACCCUAAUUAAAUGCAGAAAAUUCUGCUGCUCUACCGUCUUUGGCUUUUCCUUAUUUUAAGAGCCCCAAAUUAACAGUAGUCUCUCAAUUGUAUAUUCGUCUUUUCAACUCUGCUUUGUUCUUUGAAAAAUGGCUGACAUACGUGAUAAACAUGGCAAUCCAAUUCAGCUUGCGGAUCAACAUGGGAAACCUGUUCAACUAACUGAUGAGUACGGCAAUCCUGUGCAUCUUACUGCCGUCGCUACCACUACUGGUGGCGAAACUGGGCUUGCGUAUGGUGGAGCUACCACCGCCGCUGCCGGUAUUGUUCAUGUUAUUGGGGUCGGCGGAAUUGGCAUGGCCCAUAAAUAUGAAGAGCACCACGCUUUACAUGGUACAACUGGGCUCGGCGAAGCCGGCAUGGGUGGCCAGACACAUGAGCAGCAGCACCACCAGCAGCUGCACGAGCAGCUUCACCGUUCCGGCAGUUCUAGCUCCAGCUCGUCGGAGGACGACGGGCAAGGUGGGAGGAGGAAGAAGAACGGAUUGAGACAGAAAAUAAAGAAGACGUUGACAGGUGGGAAGCACGGAGACAAGGAUGAAGCCGCCCACAGCGCCACCACUACGGUGGGCAGUGCAACGUCAACUACUACUGCACCGGUGCACGAGAAGAGCAUGAUGGAGAAGAUCAAGGAGAAAAUACCUGGCCAUCACCACUAGAAAAAUAUAGAUUUUCUGUGAUUAAAUAUAUUUAUGUUUGUUUGCAGACACAAGUUAUGAAGUAGCUAGACAUUGUAUUUACAUACGCUUCACAUAGAUGUUGAUUAUGGAUGCUAUUUGUGCUUCUUCUUCCUUUUUAAA